AUGGCUCUCUAUUCGGGGCAGCAAAAAGAGACUCUAGAGCUCGCAGCAGCUCUUGUGCGACUGGGGCCUCUAGACGCCGUUAACGAGAGUCUCGCCCACGCAGCUGCGCGAGACGGGCCGUAUGGGGCCGACACACGAGAGGAACUCCAGCAAGAGGAACAGCAGCUGCUGCAGCAGCAGCAACUCAAUUGCUGCAGCAGCAACUCAAUUGCUGCAGCAGCAGCAACUCAAUUGCUGCAGCAGCAGCAACUCAAUUGCUGCAGCAGCAACUCAAUUGCUGCAGCAGCAACUCAAUUGCUGCAGCAGCAACUCAAUUGCCGCAGCAGCAACUCAAUUGCUGCAGCAGCAACUCAAUUGCUGCAGCAGCAAUUCCAUUCUUGCAGCAGCAGCUCCACUGCUGCAGCAGCAACUUUAUUGCUGCAGCAGCAACACCAACUGCUGCUGCAUCCAUGGCAACAGCAGCUGCAACAACAGCAACAGCAGCAACUGCAGCAGCAGCAACAACAGCAGCAGCAACAGCAACAGCAACAGCAGCAGCAACAGCAAAAGCUCAUGCCCUCUGCGCUCUGCCCUAGCAUUGAGGGUUUGCUGAGGGACAGGUGCCAGGGCAUUCCGGAGCUCGUCGUAGACCCUGCGGCGGGCAAGUACUUCAUCGCCUCUUAUUUCAACAAAUUAAAAAACAGUUUCCGCAGCCCCUGGACAGACACCUGGCUGCCCCCCAUCUCCGACGCCAGCAAGCCAGCCCCACACCUGCGGCAGCUGGAGCAGCAGUUCAAUGCGGCCUACAACUCCUACAGAGACGCGCACUACGGCGGAGGAGUCUCUUCGGUGUACGCGUGGCCGCUGCAGAGCCAAGACGGUUUUGCUGCUGCCUUUCUGCUGCUGAAGGAGGCCCCAGUGGAUGAGCCCUUGCUUCCUCUUUGCUUCUUCACCCACCGGCUCGAAGUGACCCUGACUGCCACCAACGCUCACUACAAACUGCAUUCAACUUUGCUGCUGCACUUGCCUGCUGCCGCUUCGCCUGAAACUAAGGGAGGCUUUUCUGCUGUUUUAUCUAAAAGCCUGGAGCAAACCCAGAAAGUCGUCGACGCAAGGGUAGCAGCAACAACAGCAACGGGGGCCCCCAUGGGGCCCCUCCACUUAGCUGUGGGGGGCCCCCUAAUUGAAAAAGCAGAAGCAGCACUACUUGAUGCUGCUGCGGGCUCGCUGCUGCCCCGCAGCGGCCAGCCCACGCUGAAACGUCCACGUGCAGCAGCCAUACCAGCCUGUAGUGAAGCAGCAGCAGCAGCAGCAGCAGCAGCAGCAGCAGCAGGAACACAGGCAGUGCUCUCGGCAGUGGCUGCUGCAACAGCUGCAGCAGCAGCAGCAGCAGCAGCAGAACAAGCAGCAGCCGUAGCCACAGCAGUAGCAGCAGAAGUAGCAGCAGCAGCGGUAGCAGCAGAAGCAGCAGCAGUAGCAGCAGCAGCAGCAGCAAGUUCCUCCUCACCUAUUAAGACUAUCACAGAUAAGGAAGCAGCAGCAGCGAGGAUCAUAAGACUUAAAAAGGCGGAGGGGCCCCCCUUGGGGGCCCCCCUGAUGGGGGGCCCCCUGAUGGGGGCCCCCAUUAGCGAGCCCCACAAGUUCAAAGGCCCUGCUGUCCACCUCUAG